AUGGACGCCGCGGCCGCCGCGGGGCCCGGCGAGGAGCGGUCGGCGCGGACAUCGGCUCGCGGGGGGACCCCUCCAGGGCGGCGGACGGGGCGGGGGGCUGAGACCCCGGUGUCCCGGGAGAACCCCCUGCCGGGUGGGGCCCAGGUGCGCACGAGUGCGGCCGCGAAGGCCAGGUUUAAACCCGAAAGUCGGAAAUCUACUCACCCUCCUGUGACCUUUCCUCCACGCAAUCCGCUUCCGGGUGUGCGGCGCACGCGCGCGGUCGGCGCGCCCGUCAGGGGGCGGGGCGUGCGCGUGGGGCGGGGCUUCGAGUCGGGGGCGGGGCCGAGAGGGACGUGGAUUGUAGCAGCCCACAUAUUCCAGAUGGUUGCAGGAAUCCUGGGUAACGUCUCACUUAUAAUGCACAUCUCUGUCUCCUACAGUGGGUGCAAGUCACGGUCCACAGACUUGAUUCUCAGGCACCUGGCCGUCGCCAACUCUUUAAUCUUUCUCUCUCAAAUCCCAGAGGCCACAGAAGCGUUUGGGAUGAAAAAGUUCCUCUGUGAGCUGUGGUGCAAACUUGUUUUAUAUGUUCACCGAGUGGCCAGAGGGGUGUCCAUCGGCAGCACCUGCCUCUUGAGUGUCUUCCAGGCCGUCACCAUCAGCCCUGGGAACUCCAGGUGGGCAGGGCUUAAAUUAAAAGCUCCACAUUACAUCGGUCCUUGCCACAUCUUCUGUUGGAUACUGCACCUGCUUAUCAACGCUACCUUCCCCAUUUAUCAUUCUGUCAAAAGAAGCAACGAAACCAUGGCCAGGAAAAAUACUCUGGGAUAUUGUGAAGUCCCAAUGAAUGACAAGAUUACAUUCUCACUCUUUGCAGUGUUGAUAUCCUCCCACGAUGCCUUGUGUCUGGGGCUCAUGUCCUGGGCCAGCGGUUCCAUGAUUCUCGUCCUCUAUAGACACAAACAGCAGGUCAAGUCCAUUCAUAGAAACAACCUGUCCCCCAAGUCCUCCCCGGAGACCAGAGCCUCUCAAAGCAUACUCACCCUGGUGGGCACCUUCGUAUCCUUCUACGCACUCUCUUCUAUUAUUUACGCUUAUUUGGCUCUUUGGGAUAAUUCCAGCCGGUGGCUGGUGCACAUGUCUGCCUUGAUCACGUCUUGUUUCCCGACUGUCAGCCCCUUUAUUCUCCUCAGCAGUCGCCGCUGUGUGUUGAGACCUCCCUGCAUGGACAGGGGAAGAAAUACGCAACUCCCAUCUCUCAUCAGACAAAUAUAA